GACCUUGGUUCUCAAAUGCCUUGGGACUCAAACAACUUGGAACCCAAACAUUGCAAACCCAGAAUUUGCCCCAGUAUGAACAUCCGGAACGACAUUUCCAACUUCCGCCAGCUGGAGAACUGCACGGUGAUCGAGGGCCACCUGCAGAUCCUGCUCAUGUUCGGAGCCAAGACUGAGAACUUCCGGGGCCUCAGCUACCCCAAGCUCACCAUGGUCACUGAAUACCUGCUGCUCUUCCGGGUCUACGGCCUGGAGAGCCUCAAGACGCUCUUUCCCAACCUGACGGUCAUCCGGGGGACGCGGCUCUUCUUCAACUACGCCCUGGUCAUCUUUGAGAUGGUCCACCUGAAGGAGGUGGGCCUGCCCAGCCUGAUGAACAUCACCCGGGGGGCCGUGCGCAUCGAGAAGAACGCCGAGCUGUGCUACCUCUCCACCAUCGACUGGUCCCGGAUCGUGGACUCCGUCGAGGACAACUACAUUGUCGCCAACAAGCGGGACGAGGAGUGCGGGGACAUCUGCCCCGGGAAGGCCAAGGGGAAGAGCGUCUGCUCCCCGACGGUGAUCAACGGCAUCUUCAUCGAGCGCUGCUGGAGCCACGAGCAUUGCCAGAGAGUCUGCCCUUCCGCCUGCAAGUCCCAGGGCUGCACCCCGGAGGGCACCUGCUGCCACGCCGAGUGCCUGGGCAGCUGCCUGGAGCCGGGUGACCCGGAGAAGUGCCUGGCCUGCCGCCACUUCAGCCUGGAGGGCCGGUGCGUGGAGAGGUGCCCCGCCGGGUCCUACCGCUACGCCGGGUGGCGCUGCGUCACCUUUGACUUCUGCCAGGAGCUGCACAACAAGUGCAAGGCCGCCCGCCAGUCGGACUGCCCCGUCAUCCACAACGGAGAGUGCGCCCCCGGCUGCCCUUCCGGCUACACCAUGAACUCCACCAACCUUCUCUGCACCCCCUGCGAGGGGCUGUGCCCCAAAAUCUGUGAGUUGCCCGUCAAGGAGAAGACCAUCGACUCCGUGACGGCGGCCCAGGAGCUCCAGGGGUGCACCGUCGUCAACGGCAGCCUGACCAUCAACAUCCGCGGAGGAAGCAACAUUGCGGCUGAGCUGGAGGCCAACCUGGGCUUGAUUGAGGAGAUCACGGGCUACUUGAAGAUCCGACGCUCCUACGCCCUAGUCUCCCUCUCCUUCUUCCGGAAGCUGCACCUGAUCCGAGGGGAGGCCCUGGAAGCAGGGAACUAUUCCUUCUACGCCUUGGACAACCAGAACCUGCGCCAGCUGUGGGACUGGAGCAAGCACAACCUCACCAUCGCCCGCGGAAAGCUCUUCUUCCACUACAACCCCAAGCUCUGCCUGUCCGAGAUCGACAAGAUGGAGGAGAUCUCGGGGGCCAAGGGGCGCCAGGAGAAGAACGACAUCGCCCUCAAGACCAACGGCGACCAGGCCUCUUGCGAAAGCGAAGUGCUCAAGUUCUCCUACAUCAAAACCACCUGCGACAAGAUCAUGGUCAAGUGGGAGCCUUACUGGCCGCUGGACUUCCGCGACCUCCUGGGCUUCAUGCUCUUGUAUAGGGAAGCCCCCUUCCGGAACGUGACGGAGUUUGACGGGCAGGACGUCUGCGGUGCCAACAGCUGGACGGUGAUGGACGUCGAACCGCCUCCCCGCAACAGCGACACCAAGCCGGGCCACCUUCUGCGCGGCCUCAAGCCCUGGACGCAGUACGCCAUCUUUGUGAAGACCCUGAUCACCCACUCGGACGAGCGCAAGUCCUACGGGGCCAAGAGCGAGAUCAUCUACGUCCAGACCAACGCCUCGGUGCCCACCGUCCCCCUGGACCCCAUCUCGGUGUCCAACUGCUCCUCGCAGAUCUUCCUGAAGUGGAAGCCGCCCUCCGACCCCAACGGGAACAUCACGCACUACAAGGUCUCCUGGGAAAAGCAGCCCGAAGACAGCGAGCUCUACGAGUUGGACUACUGCCUGAAGGGCUUGAAGCUCCCUUCUCGGACGUGGUCCCCCCCGCUGGAGUCUGAGGACUCCCCCCACAAGCCGAACGACAGCAACAGCGAGGAGCCCAGCCUGGAGUGCUGCCCCUGCCCCAAGACCGAGUCCCAGAUCAUGAAGGAGACGGAGGAGUCCGCCUUCCGGAAGGUCUUUGAGAACUACCUCCACGACAUCGUCUUUGUCCCCAAGCCGUCGGUGAUGCGGCGCAGGAGGGACCUGGGCGCCCCGGCCAACAGCACCACCCCGUCCCCGACGCUGCCGGCCUUUGGGAACGCCUCCACGGCGGCCCCCGCCAGCCCCCCGGAGCCCAAGCCCUUCUCCAAGGUGGUCUUCAAGGAGUCCAUCGUCAUCUCCAACCUGCAGCACUUCACGGGCUACCGCAUCAAGAUCCAGGCCUGCAACCAUGAGGUGCCCCAGGAGUGCAGCAGCGAGGCCUACGUCAGCGCCAGGACCAUGCCGGAAGCGAAAGCCGACGACAUUGUGGGGCCCGUGACCCACGAGCUGGACAAGAACGUGGUCCACCUGCGCUGGCAGGAGCCGAAGGAGCCCAACGGGCUGAUCAUCCUUUACGAGGUGAACUACGGGCGCCUCGGAGAUUCGGAGGAGCAGCGCUACUGCCUCUCUCGCCUGAAGUUCGCCGCUCAGCAGGGCUGCAAGCUGACGGGGCUGCAGACAGGCAACUACAGCGUCCGGGUGCGAGCCACGUCCCUGGCAGGGAACGGCUCCUGGACGGAGCCCAUCUACUUCUACGUCUACGACUAUUUUCCCCCCAACAAUAACCUGGUGAGCAUCAUCGUCCCCAUCAUCUUUGCCAUCUUCUUCCUGGGGGUCAUCGGAGGCGCCUACAUCUUCAUCAAGAAAAGGCAAAAGGAAGGACCGACAGGGCCGCUUUACGCCUCCUCCAACCCGGAGUAUCUCAGUGCCAACGAUGUGUACAUCCCUGACGAGUGGGAAGUCCCCCGCGAGAAGAUCUCCCUCCUGCAGGAGCUGGGCCAGGGCUCCUUUGGGAUGGUCUACGAGGGCAUCGCCAAGGACAUUGUGAAGGGCGAGGCGGAGAUGCGGGUGGCCGUCAAGACGGUGAACGAGUCGGCCAGCCUGCGGGAGCGCAUCGAGUUCCUCAACGAGGCCUCCGUCAUGAAAGGCUUCAGCUGCCACCACGUGGUCCGCCUCUUAGGGGUGGUGUCGAAAGGGCAGCCCACCUUGGUGGUCAUGGAGCUGAUGGCUCACGGAGACCUGAAGAGCUACCUGAGGUCCUUGCGCCCGGAUGCAGAGAACAACCCCGGCCGCCCCCCGCCCACCCUGCAGGAGAUGAUCCAGAUGGCGGCCGAGAUCGCCGACGGCAUGGCCUACCUGAACGCCAAGAAGUUCGUCCACCGGGACUUGGCUGCAAGGAACUGCAUGGUGGCCGAGGACUUCACUGUCAAGAUUGGAGACUUUGGCAUGACCAGGGACAUCUACGAGACGGAUUACUACCGCAAAGGAGGGAAGGGGCUUCUCCCUGUGCGCUGGAUGGCCCCAGAGUCGCUGAAGGACGGCGUCUUCACCGCCUGCUCUGACGUCUGGUCCUUUGGCGUCGUCCUCUGGGAGAUCAGCAGCCUGGCCGAGCAGCCUUACCAAGGCCUCUCCAACGAGCAGGUCCUCAAGUUCGUCAUGGACGGCGGGUGCCUGGAGCAGCCGGAGAACUGCACCGAGAGGCUCCACGACCUCAUGCAGCUGUGCUGGCAGUACAACCCCAAGAUGCGCCCGACCUUCACGGAGGUGAUUGAGAUGCUGAAGGACGAGCUGCACCCCUCCUUCCGGGACGUCUCCUUCUUCUACAGCGAGGAGAACAAGCCCCCCGAGACGGAGGACUUUGAGAUGGACUUUGAGAACAUGGAGAGCAUCCCCCUGGACCCGGCCUCCUCCUACUCCCAGCGGGACGAGGUCCUGGGCAGGGACAACGGCCUCUCGGUGGCGCUCAAGGGCAGCUACGAGGAGCACGUCCCCUACACACACAUGAACGGCAGCAAGAAGAACGGCCGCAUCCUCUCCAUGCCCCGCUCCAGCCCCUCCUAAUGGCAGGGGUGGGGGCACACCCGCCUUUUAUCUCCCCCCCCCUGCCCCGGCAGUUCCUCUCCCACACAAAUCUCAGGACUGGCAGUAUUUUUGCAGACACACCGCGGACUCGCUUUCUACCGAAAAGACGGACUUUUUAAUCGUCGUGGAAGAUUAUUCUUAUUACUACUACUAGGACAGUGACUUUUCUCCCCCAAAUCAUGUCGUAUUUCUGGGUCGGGGUGGGUUUUUUUGAGGGGUGUGUGUUAGGGGCGCGCAAACGUCGACUCGCCGCCAGCAGCCUUCAUCUGUGAAAGACGCGAGCGGCCGUUUUGCUGCAUUUCCACCCGGCCCGGAUCCCCCUUGCACAACGCUGUGGCUUUGAGACGGGAAGGGGCUCCUGGCGAGUAGGAGGGAGAGGGGAGACCCCUCUGCCUGCCUCCAGUCCCAAGGUGGUCGGGGGGGCUCUUUAGUGCGCCCACAGCCCAGAACCACCUUCCCAAGCAGAACCCGGAAACGUGUUCCCUCUCUUCUUGCCUGUCCCCCUCUUUCGGAGGGGAUUCCUUUGCCGUUUUUUUCUCUCCUUUUUUUAUUAUUUAAAAAAAAUAGGAUCUGAAGGAUCUCUUAAGGCGUGUCCCACCCAGAUCUGUCUUUCUGUCCCGAUUUGACCAACUGCUGCUGCUUUUCUCAAUGGGUUAAUCGGUGCGUGUGUGUGCGCGGAGCUAUAGGGGGGGAGCGAGCGAGUCUUUUUGUACAGAACCGUUUUCUCCAGCCACGGAGGGGCGGGAGAGCCAGCCCCCGCCCCGGAGUGAAAGGAUUCUCAAGAGAUUAUUUUUAUACUGAAGAACUUUGGGGGUGAGGGGUUCCCCACCCUGUUGUCGUUUCCCCCCUCCCCCAGCAAAGCGAGGUAGCCAAAGCAGUAGCCAACACCCCCUUUAGGACCCCCCCCCCCGAGUGCUUUUUGGCGGCUUAAAAAUAGCACAGAGUGAGCCACCUCAUUUUGGGCCCUGUCCGGUUAGCGUCCCGUGUGUGUGCGUGUGUGUACAUAAAUAUAUAUAUAUGUU